AUGGCCCCAUCAGAGAAACCAGAAAUGGCAUCCACAUCACAUCCGGACCCUGAGUCUGGCAUCGCAGCCGGUGAUCUGAAAUCGGGUGCUUUGCAUGAGAUGAUCGCGCGCGACCUUCUCGAUGAACGAUACAAGGUCACUCAGCGUGGCCUCAAAAACCGCCAUGUCCAGCUGAUGGCCCUGGGAGGCACAAUCGGCACCGGUCUCUUCGUGGGAUCCGGUCAGGCUCUACAUAUCGGUGGUCCUCUUUCCCUCUUGCUCGGUUAUAUCUUCAUUUCGAUCCUCGUCUUCGCCCUCGUCACCGGAAUCGCGGAAAUCGGCGCCUACAUGCCCGUUCACGGUGGAACAAUGAGCUAUCAUGGCUUUCGCUACGUCUCGCGCAGUAUGGGGUUUGCAAUGGGAUACUUGUAUUGGUAUUCGCUGGGAAUAUUGGUGCCGUAUGAGAUUGUCGCAGCCUCCAUGGUUAUCGAUUACUGGCACCCGAACGUCAAUCUGGCCGUGUGGAUCACCAUCAUGCUGGUUGUUAUCGUCCUUCUCAACUGUAUGCCGGUGGGCGUAUAUGGGGAAACCGAGUUCUGGUUCUCCGGGAUCAAGAUCAUCACUCUGGUCGGGUUGCUGCUCUUGUCCUUCAUUCUCUUCUGGGGUGGAGGUCCCAACCGCCAACGUCUCGGCUUCCACUACUGGAAAGACCCCGGAGGUCAUGAACACCUACCUUGUCUCCGGUGA